CCCGUUCACCCGGCACCAUAAAUAGCCUCCCGCCCUUCCUCGCUUCUCUCUUCUCCCUCUUCAUUUAUUGCGGAGGGAACGGCGAUGGAGUGAAACAGAGAGAGGUUGUGUGUGUGUGUGUGUGUGCGCGUGCGGGCGUAUAUGUUGGAGACAGAAGGAGAGAGGGAGGGGAGGGGGGAAGGGAACUCGAUGGCAGCGAAAACUAUUUUCUUCUUCCUCUCCGCACUGUUGCUGAUUUUCCUCUACCUCGCCCUUGGAACCAUAGACCUCAGAUCGCAGUUCUUUCCGGACGCCGUUCCCGCCCUCCGCCUCUCCACCUGCACCUCUCGCCCGCUCAGGGUCUUCAUGUACGAUCUUCCCCGUAGAUUUAACGUCGGGAUGAUCCGCCGGUCCGAUCCCGACCAGGAUAUCCCCUGGACGUCUCCGACUUUGCCUCCCUGGCCACACAACUCGGGCCUCAAGAAGCAGCACAGCGUCGAGUACUGGAUGAUGGCAUCUCUCCUGGGCGGCGCCAAUGAUGCCGACGAGGAGCCCGCGGCGGCGAGGGUAUUAGACCCGGAGUCGGCGGACGUGUUCUUCGUGCCGUUCUUCUCGUCGCUGAGCUUCAACACUCACGGACAUAACAUGACUGAUCCGGAAACGGAGGUCGAUCGGAAGCUACAGGCUGAUGUGCUAAGGAUUUUGAGUGAAUCCAAAUAUUGGCAACAAGCUGGAGGCCGUGACCAUGUAAUCCCCAUGCAUCAUCCAAAUGCCUUUCGAUUUCUGCGGGAUGGGGUGAAUGCAUCUAUUCUUAUUGUUGCAGAUUUUGGACGUUAUCCCAAAAGCUUGUCCUCUCUCCAGAAAGAUAUAGUGGCACCAUAUGUACAUGUCGUUGAGUCAUUCACUGACGAUGAUGCUCCUGAUCCUUUUAAUUCUCGGCCAUCUCUUCUUUUUUUCCGAGGGAGAACAAUUAGAAAAGAUGGCGGAAGAAUUCGCUCAAAAUUAGUGAAGAUUUUAGCUGGCCAUGAAGGGGUGCACUUUGAACAAGGUGUUGCAUCUGAAGAAGGAAUAAGAACAUCCACGAAAGGCAUGCGGUCAUCAAAGUUCUGUCUGCAUCCAGCUGGUGAUACCCCUUCAUCUUGUCGCCUUUUUGAUGCAAUUGUUAGCCAUUGUGUCCCUGUUAUUGUCAGCGACUUGAUUGAGCUCCCAUAUGAAGAUGUACUUGAUUACCGAAACUUCUCGCUUUUUUUCUCCGUCAAAGAAGCAUUGCAGCCCAAUUACUUGCUGCAGGAGCUCAAUAAGAUCUCAAAAGAAAGAUGGACUGAGAUGUGGAGACAGUUGAAGGAAAUCUCCCAUCAUUUUGAGUUUCAGUACCCUCUGAAGAAGGACGAUGCUGUGAAUAUGUUGUGGAAGGAAGUAAGGCAUAAGGUGCCUGCUGUCAAGCUUGCAAUGCAUCGUAGUGCAAGGUUGAAGAUAGAAGAUUGGUGGAGAAGAUGAUGUGUUUGCAGUUUGCAUUUUUGUUGCUGUGUCCUAUAAUGCUCAACAGGCUGAGCUGUGAAUCAUUGUUCUCACCAUAAGGUAUAUAACCCAUUUAGAUCAUUUUAAAGUUGAUGAUGAUAAUCAUCAUCUUUGUGCUGUAAAGUAAAUAAAUCCAUUUGUUGUUCAUUCUAAGAGCAUUUUUUGGCCGUGCCUUUUGGAACUUCUAGUGUAAUCCUAGUUGAGAAGUGCAAUCUGAACUUCAUUUAAAAUCUUCCCCUCA